UUUUUUUUUUUUGUAUAUUUUAUUUCCCCUUUUUUUUUUCUUCUGUUUUUAAAAGAUGGCAGCGAAUAAUCUAGCACCUGAUCAGCGUUAUAGUCGUUUGGAAAAGUUGGGAGAAGGCACUUAUGCUACUGUGUUUAAAGGAAAGAAUAAGGUGACGGGCGAGAUUGUUGCUUUAAAGGAGAUUCAUUUGGAUCCAGAGGAAGGAGCACCUUCCACAGCAAUUCGAGAGAUAUCUUUAAUGAAGGAACUGAAGCACCCAAAUAUCGUACGCUUACAAGAUAUCAUCCACACCGAAAACAAGCUGAGUCUUGUGUUUGAAUUCAUGGACCAGGAUUUAAAAAAGUAUAUGGAUUCAACAGCCAGAGCUACUCAUGGCGCCUUAGACCCCAACAUUAUCAAAUCCUUCAUGUAUCAGUUAUUGCGAGGCAUUGCUUAUUGCCAUGAAAACCGUGUAUUACAUCGAGAUUUGAAACCACAAAACCUAUUGAUUAACAAGCACAACCAGUUAAAGUUGGGUGAUUUUGGUCUUGCGCGUGCCUUUGGUAUACCUGUAAAUACAUUCUCAAAUGAGGUGGUGACUCUUUGGUACAGAGCACCCGAUGUUCUGUUGGGUUCUCGCAUGUAUUCCACCUCGAUUGAUAUCUGGUCUGCAGGAUGUAUUAUGGCGGAAAUGUAUACUGGAAGACCUCUCUUUCCUGGUACAAAUAAUGAAGACCAACUACAAAAGAUCUUUCGUCUAUUGGGAACACCUAACGAACAGUCUUGGCAGAACAUUACUCAGUUUCCCGAAUAUAAACCUCCUCAAGUCGUUUACCCUACUCAGCAUAUUUCUCAGAUUUUGACCAACAUUGACACAUGUGGAUUAGACUUAUUGAAUAGAAUGUUACAAUACCAGCCUCAAAUGAGAAUUAGUGCCAAGGAUGCAUUAAACCAUGCCUAUUUCAAUGAAGUGCGUUACAUGUUUAAUGAUUAAAAUAAAAUGGGAAAGUGAGAAAGAAAGAAAAA